UUUUCAAUAACCCUUGCUAGUCACACAUGGUUUGAUUUAGGACGACCACAUGGCCUCAAUUCAUUCUCAUCUCCAAAUAACUCAACCCUAAUUUCCCCUUUCGCUCAUAUGUGGAUCGUUUGAGAACAUUUAAAAGAAGAACUAGGUUAUAGAAUAAAAUUAUUUGAAUGGAGCCAGCUGAUUUCUUGCCUACAGUAAACGUCAUUAUCUUGCUUCAUGAAUAAUGAAUCUAUCAUGAAAGGCUCAUUCUCAGAGAAACAAAAUUAAAGUUUUAGCCAAUUUUCUAUUAAGCGUUCUUUUGGAAUUUUCCUCUUUGCGAUAUAAGUCAAAGCUAAGAGUUUCUGAAUUAUGAAGAGUAGAUAGGUUACAAGAGCAUUUCUCUCUAAUAUUUUUGGAACUUCAUGGCUGAUAUUAUCCAAAUCAGGACUUUAAUAGUUAUAUUUCAGCGAUGAAAUCAAGGAUAUAUUUAAUAUGCAAUGUUCAAAGAUGUCUACUAACCAAGGUAACAUCAGCAAGGUGUUAGAAAUACUACGUUUGCCUUCAAAUCUUUAAGACUGGGAAAAUAAGUUGAAGCAUAUUGU